AUGGAGCCAGUCGUGCUAUCUGUGUUUGAUAAAAAUAUAUUUUAUGAACUUUCAAAUAAGAAGAGUACUGGAGCAGAACAAUCAAACAGCCGACAUGUAGUAUUCCCAACACAUUUUAAAUACAUAUUUGACGACCCUGAAGAAACAAUAAUAUCCUCAACCGAGCCAGUGUCGGACAUCAAUGAUGAUGAAGGUAUCGAAAAUGUUAUUGUGCUAAAUUUAGAUGAAUCUUAUAAUUUAUUAAAAGUUGAACUUUUAAGUGAAAACGUCGAAUUAUUAUCGUUCAAACAGAAUAAAAAUCAAAGCUCAUUGACUAAAUUGGACGAGCCACAAGAUGAUAGUUCUAUGAAAGUUUAUGAUAUUGAACUUGAUGUCGUAUCAAACUUUAAAGAUGUCGACUCUUUAACAGACAACCUAUCCUUAGAUGAGUUAAUCAAAUUAUUUAAUGUUCAAAAUGAUCAAAUUCAGAAAAUAACAAAUUCUAUAUAA